UUAGGUAGGUUAAGAGUCACUAUAGAGAGGAGCGCGCACACCAUUUAUCUCUACAAAAACCCCCCUUCAUUACUCUACACCUCUCUCCUCAUCACUACUCUUCUCUCUCUCUCUCUUUCUCUACACACACAUUGCAAUACUAUUCUCUCUCAUUAGUACUACUCAAACAUAUAUAUAUAUAUAUACACUGAAGUACCAGUCUCUCUAUCUUUAUGAUUGUCAUCAAUAAUGUCGUUUAAUUCAAAAUUUCCAGAAUCUUCUGAGACCAGUACAAGCAUUUCUUCCUCUUCUACUUCUUCUUCAUCAUCGUCUUCAUCUCUCUCUUCUUCUGGUUCAUUAUUAAUGCUUAAUACUGAGUCCAAGAAGAUAAAGAAGAAGAAUUCGAGUAGUAGUAGCAGCAGUAGUAGUAGUGCGAGGGUUCGUGAGUCGGGGGACUGUACCAAACACCCAGUCUACCGCGGUGUUCGAAUGCGGAGUUGGGGAAAAUGGGUUUCGGAAAUCCGAGAGCCCCGCAAGAAAUCUCGAAUCUGGCUCGGCACCUUCUCCACUCCCGAAAUGGCCGCGCGAGCUCACGACGUCGCUACUCUCGCCAUUAAAGGAAACUCUGCUUUUCUCAAUUUUCCCGAACUUCACGAUUCACUGCCUCGUCCGGCUUCCUUAGCGCCGAGAGAUAUUCAAGCCGCCGCUGCUGAAGCCGCCGCUAUGGUGACACUUGAACUGAAUCCCGUCUCCACCACGAUGUCCGCGUCGGCGUCGACAUCGACUUCGUCUUCCUCGACUGAAUCGGAAUCUGAUGAGUUGGGCGAAAUCGUUGAGUUGCCUAAUAUAGAAGGGAUUACAAGUACUAGUAGUACUACGACGUUUGAUUCUUCGGAAUCGGGGAGCCAAUUCAUGAUGUUUGGUGACUCGGUCGAUGAUGGUUGGGUAUUUGAAUAUCCUUCCUUGGGAUUAGAGCUGCCAUUGCAGGGAAAUGAAUUCUAUGGGGAAUUUUCUGAUCAGAUUUUAGCUACCGAAAGUUUGAUUCCGAAUGACGCCAUUGAAGGUCUAGUACUGUGGAGUAAUUAAUUAUUACCUUAAUUGCUCUGUUUUUUUUCUAUAUUUAUUAUAUAAAAUAGACUUUUUAAUUUAUUUUAUAUUUACGGCUUAGUUUUUUUGGGAUUGCUUUUGCUAACAAUAUAAUUAAUUAUUGUCACAGUCAUAUAAUUUAUAUAAAUUGUAACAUAAUUAAUUGAUUCA